AUGCCAAGAAAUAGGUUUGAAAAGCUACGCUCCUGUCUUCAUAUAAACGACAAUUCGUUGAUGAAGCUCAGAUAUCAUCCUAACUAUGACAAGCUUUUCAAAGUCAGACCGUAUAUAGAUGCAUUGAAAAAAAUUUUUGCGAAGACAGAACCCGAAGAGUUCAGUUCGGUAGACGAAAUAAUGAUUCCCUUCAAAGGACAUAGCUCCCUGAAACCAUACAUCAAAAAUAAGCCUCAUAAAUGGGGAAUAAAGUUAUUUGUUAGAGCAGGCGUCAGUGGAAUCAUUUACGAAUUUGAUGUAUAUGUAGGAAAAUACACCGUUAUGCCAAUAGAUAAUAAAGAACUGGGAAUGAGUGGAAAUGUUGUUGUGCAACUAACAGAAUACUUACCGAAGCACAAAAAAUUCAAAAUAUGUACUGACAACUUUUUUACUUCCCUCCAGUUAGUGCAACAUCUAAAGUCGGUAGGUAUCCUCUGUAUUGGAACUGUCCGGUCCAACAGACUGAAAGGACUAAAACUACUGGAUGACAAAGAAUUGAAAAGGGAUGAGAGAGGUGCAUAUGAUUUCGCUACUGAAGUUUCAAGUAAUAUUGUAGCAGUCAAGUGGUUUGAUAAUAAAUCUGUUACUGUGCUCUGCAUUUUCAGGAGUAGAGCCAGUAACUUCAGUGAAAAGAUGGUCUCAGAGCGAAAAAAGUUAUAUUGA